CAACAACCAUCUCACAAUGGACGUCAAACAUCCUUUUUACCCGCCAGACCUCGAACUGGUGGGAUACGUCGAGAACACUCUCGGCGUCGGAUCUCUCCUACUCGGAUUUGCAACUUUGACCUCUGUUAUACUAGGACUUGCGCUCCUGUUCUCACGGAGAUGGCGCCCAUCCAUCAGUGGCAUUGAUCAGUUCCUAGUGCUCUGGUUUGUUCUCUCGGGUUUUCUUCAUUGCUUCUUCGAAGGCCAUUUCAUCCUCAAUCGCUCGCGCAUGCCCCUGAUGCAAGACUUUUUUGGUCAGCUCUGGAAGGAAUAUGCCAAGUCCGAUUCACGCUACAUGGCUGCUGACCCAUUGGUUGUAACCAUUGAGAGUAUCACUGUUGUCGUUUGGGGUCCCGUUUCCUUCCUUACAGCUUGGUUUAUCGUCACCGACUCAGCGUACAGAUUCCCCUUCCAAGCCCUUGUUUCGACAGGGCAUUUGUACAGCGAUGUCUUGUACUAUGUGACGAGCUUUGUCGACCUUCAAAGAGGCAUAGAGCAUUCGCGCCCAGAGGCCCUGUACUUCUGGGGAUAUUUCGUUAUCAUGAACGCCUUCUGGAUCAUUAUUCCUGCCUGUAAGUUGUCGAAAUCGAAUAUCUGAGACGCUUUUAAGAAGUUCUGAC